AUGGCCCCCCCUCCCCCGCCCCCCCUCCCCUGGGCUCUCGCCCUCCUGGCCUCGCUGUGGGGCGGCGCGGCUCCGUGCCCGUCCGUCUGCCGCUGCGCCGGGGGCCGCGUUUACUGCAACGACCGCGGGCUGACGGCCGUCCCCGAGGGGGUCCCGCCGGGGGCCACCACCCUCUUCCUGCAAAACAACCGCAUCGGAGACGCCGGCAUCCCGCCCCGCCUGGGCCGCCUGCAGGCUCUGCGGGUUCUCUACCUCUACGCCAACGCCCUGGAGCAGCUCCCGCGCCACCUCCCGCCCGCUUUGCGGGAGCUGCACCUGCAGGACAACAACGUGCGCGGUUUGUGCCGCCGUUCCUUGGCUCGGGCGCCGCUGUUGGAGCGGCUGCACCUGGACGACAACUCGGUGUCGGCCGCCGGCAUCGAGGAAGACGCGUUCGCCGAGAGCGGGCGGCUGCGGCUGCUCUUCUUAUCCCGCAACCAUCUGAGCAGCGUCCCGCCCGGCCUCCCCCCGGCGCUGGAGGAGCUGCGCCUGGACGACAACCGCAUCCACACCAUCCCGCUGCGGGCCUUCGAGGGGCUGCCGGCGCUGCGCCGCCUGGUGCUGGACGGGAACCUGCUGGCCAACCAGCGGAUGGCGGACGACACGUUCAGCCGGCUGUACAACCUCAGCGAGCUGUCGUUGGGUCGCAACGCUUUGGCCGCUCCGCCGGCCAACCUCCCCCGGGCGCAGCUCCGCCGCUUGUCGCUGGCGGCCAACGCCAUCAGCCACGUCCCGGCCGGUUCGCUGUCGAGGAUGCGGGCGUUGGAACGCUUGGAUCUGUCGGACAACAACCUGACCACGCUGCCCCGAGGGCUGUUCGACGACCUGAGCCGCCUCAGCCACCUGGGGCUGCGCAACAACCCGUGGUUCUGCGGCUGUAACCUGGCGUGGCUGCGGGAUUGGGUGCGGAGACGCGCGGCCGGAGGGCUGGAGGUGCGGGGGCUGCUGUGCCAGGCGCCCGCCCGGCUGCGGGGGCUGCCGGUGGGGGAGCUGCGGGGGGAGAUGGACGCCUGCGGGACCCCGGCGCCGGCCAACAGCGCGACGGGUGUUGCCGUCGCGUCCGGCGCACGGGGGGCUGGGG